AUGGUCUUGAUUCAAUGGGAAAAUGGUCCAGCCUGGAGUCGAUUCCAAUGCUCAUUGGGCUUCAGUAUGCUAUUAGGCUACCUGGAGCAUGUCACCAACCGCUGUACGCAGCUAGCUCUUCCUGCUCAUAUUUCCAGUGCUACCUUUCGCCUGGAGCUAUUCUCCUAUGACUUCCCGGCCUCUGAAAACACGCCCGACGAACGACAAUACAAAUUCAAAGAGCGAUGGAAUUCAUUAUUUCGGCUCAACGCGAUGAAUGACCUGAUAUAUGCUCGUGGAGAAUGGGUGGAAGCGGAUUUCCGAAGUUAUGAGAAGAGGUUCGAUGUUCCUUCCACGAUAACAGAAGACUUCAAGGUUGAGAACCAUUACUUUUCUGGUCUUAUCCUCUGGAAGACUGGUAUUGAUUUGGAGAUCCCCUCCAAAAUUGCCGAUCAAUUUGCUAUUCUAGCAAAAGAGGCAAAUGGCUUGGUUAUCUCUAUGACAGAACAAAUGCGCUACGAAGGAUCAAAUAAUUCAUCGCAAAAGACGGCCUGUGCUCCUCUUUCCGAUCAACCAGCUUGGGAUUAUCCGCUGCUGAAUACACCAGUGAUUCGCCGAUGCGAUCUAGAGGACUCGGUUCGUCUUGACUUCGAAGACGUGGUACACAUAGAAUCAAUGAGACAGGCAUACACGGCUGGUAACAACCGAGAGGUUUCCAGUCCGGCUGGUAAUUGGUUCCAAAUGGGGUCGAUGACACAGUACGAACUACCUUCGAUGCAUACUCAACGAACUCGUCAAUCAGCCACUGUACUUGAAGUGAUCUCUUUCCGCCUCUUGCACCAAACUCCAAAUUUCGAUAAUCUAUUUGCAGAACUUCGCGUUGCCAUUUGGAAGCUCCGACAUAAGCCUGGCGUCUACCGAGCCUCUGAUCAUAAUGAUCCCACUCGAAUGUUCUUACUAGCUGGCCUCGGUGACAUGAAGAAUGCAUCAAUGGAGGAUAAAGAAUACUUCCACCAACUCAUUCACGAUUUCGAAAAUGCAUGCAGAGGGAUAAUUGAAGAUUUAUCAUACAUGCAAAUCCCAGGUCCAAGCCUACGACUCCCGGAUAACCUAGAGAUUACAAGUUUCUAUGUCUCAAAUCGUGACCUUCGUUCAUUUGAAUACGCAUAUCAGAACCUGCUUCAGUAUGGCAAUCUUUCACUACUCUUCUCAAUCCUUUCGCUAAUGAUUCCAUUCACCAGAACAACACGUGUCCAGAGGUCGUUUGGAGGUCUAGUAAGCAGUGUCUGGCUCAAUGCAGUAAAAUGUAUGGGUGAGGAUUAUGAUGGAGAUCUGCAAAUAACCAAAUAUACGAGUAUUUGGUUUUGGAAGAGUAGUUCAAUUGGUCAAAAACAGUGGUACGCCGAGUUCGCCGAGCGUGCUCAGAAUGAAUACGAAAACCUCGGACAUAUCAUCGACUGGCUUCGAACUGUCUGCAAGAGCUCCCAUAAUGUGUUUUUGAACAUUACACGAUACGACCCAGCGAUUGAGCCACUUUUGUUGGUCCAAUAG